AUGAAUAUUCCUCUUGUUGAGCCUCUCAAACAAAUGGCUGAUGAUACAAAGUUUAUUAAAGAGUUGGUGACUAAGAUGAGGAUGGUGAUUUUUGAGCCCGUUAACAAUGUGCAUCAUCAUAGUACCAUCACCUGUCAAUCUCUAUUUGAGAAGAAGAAAGAUCUUGGAGCAUUCACAAUUCCAUGUACUGUUGGAAGUUCUAAUUUUACAAAGGUUUUGUGUGAUUUAGGUGCUAGCAUUAAGUUGAUGUUGCUAGAAGUUUAUAUUCAGUUGGGGUUGGGGUCACUCAAACAGACUUUUAUUAAACUUCUCAUGGAGGAUCACACUAUGAAGAAGCUAAUGGGAAACUUCUGUGAUGUUUUGGUGAAGGCCGCAUCCUUUAUAUUUCCAACUGAUUUUGUGAUCCUUGACUGUGAGAUUGACUUUGAGGUUCCAAUUAUCUUAGGAAUGUCAUUCCUUAUGACUGGGCAUGCUUUGGUUGAUAUAAAGUCUAGGCAGAUAAAGUUUUGA